CUCUCUCGACUAUACGUACAUCGAUUUUACAAUAAAACAAUAUCGUAUUUGGCAAAAAAUAGAAUUUUUUUAAAAUUAAAAAAUAUUAUCAAACCUUUUUUUGUGCCUAUCAAUGUAUUUCGCCAUAAUUUUUAUUUAAAGAAUGCAAUCAUAUCAAUACUUAUAAACUCGAUCACAUUUGUAUAUAUUUGUUACUUGUAAAAUAUUUUGUUUCUUUGAAAGGAAAUUUUCCUACACAACAGAAUGUUUAUUAACAUCAAUACUUAAUUUAACGAUAUCAAGUGAAAAUGCGAGGUAUUAAACGAAUAUUAGUUUUCUGUACAUUGACAACAAUUUUGCCAAUAAUACUUCUUAUAACUCCUUUAUACUUACGCCACAAUUUCUAUGCUAACAUAGUAUACACUGUAACCGAUUUGGAUAUUCUGGAAAUUAACGAUCAAGUUUCUACAAUAUUCUGUUCUAAACACACAUUGCAAAUGAACAGAACGUUUAACGCUUUUCAAAUGUCACAAAAGCCAGAAAGAACAUCGUACAGAAAACAUACUCGUCUUACGAAAAGUAUGACUCUGCCAGACGACACUUUAGAAUAUUGGAGAUUUUAUUUAUUGGAAGGAUCAAGCGUAGUGCUUUCAGUUUGUUCCAGGUUCGAAGGUGCUUCAAUACUGCUCGUUAAGGGUGAACACAAUUUAAGAACUUGCGGACUACUCGAACAUGAUAAUAACGAGCAAAUGAUCGAAGGUAUAUACCUACCGGAAGCAAAGCGCCAAGUAAAAGUAAUAUUUAAAUCAGAUACCAAAGAAAACGGUAAAUUAAACAACACUGAAGAGAAAUUGAUGGAAAAUCUUGUAGAAGAUAGCAACGUAGAUAUUACUGACAAAAUUUAUAAAGAAUCGGUUCGAAAUGAAAAUGUGCAAGGAAAAACGGUGUAUGGUACAAGAAAAUUGAACAAUGCCAAAAAGAAACUGACAGAAAGGAGAAGAAGAGAAUUGAAUAUUGGGAAACAACUUGACGCAAAAGAGUUGCAAAGAAAAUUGAAUUUAAAAAGAGCAGACAAAAUGGUCGGCAGGAAAAUAAGAAGUCAAGAACUUAUUAGACCGCCGUUUCUACUCGAUCAAGGGAUCAAGCAUGGUGGAAACGCUAUAAAAAAUGAAACAGAUGUUGACAAUGAUUCUGUAGUAUCUAGUUUCGAGAACGAAUUGCUCAAAUGUUAUGGCGGUUCCGUUUUAAUAGCACAAGAGUUUGCUCCAUCCGAGCAAUGCAACAAUAUUGAUUACUUUAUUAAUGGAAAACAUAUGGAAACAAUACAAACUAUCGUAGAAAGCGGUUACUACUAUUACAUAUUUUACAGCGACAAUGAUAUUGUAUCAAACGAUAUAUAUGCAAUAUUUGACAUUUAUAAACCUGUUUUCCAAUAUGAGAAUGUAACAAAGUCUUGCACCAAUCAAACGAAAUGUUCUUUUCCAAUUGAUUUACUAUCUUCUAAUAGGCUAAUCGUCGAAAUACCAACCAUAGAAGGUGACGAAAUCAGAAUAGAUGACGCAGACUUACUUCUGUCAAUUUGCCAUCCACGUAUGGAAGUAUAUAUAUUUUUCCCCAUCGCAGUAUUAUUCUGUAUUCUUACUUGUGCAUUUAUGUGAUUUUCAUUUCACCGUAUUUGUAAAUAAUUACAUCCGUUGUGUACUGUGUACGCAACGUGAAAAAAAUUUUAAAUAAUUUGUACAUAUU